AAGGCCCCACGUAAAUUGCAACUAAAGUUGUUUCUUCGAGUUCAAUCUCAGUCCUUUCCUGAAAUAUCAGCGCAGAAAUAUGGUUCUGGCCUCAAAAUCAGUUACUUGAAGAAAACAUGGGAAAAGAACAUCAUCGGCAUUUUCUAAUCGUCAAGCUCGAAAGAAAAGAAUAAAAGAUCUGCAAUUUGCAAUUGCUAGAGGAGCCAGUUCAGAAAGAGCGAGAGAGAUAACACUUGCUUAUUGAGACUCAAACUGAAGAUUGAGCAGAAAUCAUCUUAUUGCAGUGGCCAUGUCUCGCACCAUGUUUACAAGGAGUCUAUACCAACUACAAAACUUAUCCAGAAGCAAUGGUCUUUCCCUCCAUAGUUCAAGUACUAAUUUCAAACAUGCAGUUCUUGCAGCUUUCCAGCCCCUUCUUCACAGUAGGCCUUACGCCAACAAUCCUCAGCCUGCUGCUUCUGCUUCUUCUGUGGACCAAGCUGAACUAGCCAAAUUUGCGGCUAUUGCUGAAAGUUGGUGGGAUGCAGAAGGUCCUUUUAAGCCAUUGCAUGUUAUGAACCCUACAAGGCUAACUUUCAUUCGGUCGACUCUUUGCAGACAUUUUGGAAAGGAUCCAUUUUCUGCGAGGCCGUUUGAAGGACUAAAAUUUAUAGAUGUUGGUUGUGGUGGAGGUAUUUUAUCUGAGCCUUUGGCUCGCAUGGGGGCUUCUGUGACAGGAAUUGAUGCUGUGGAGAAGAAUAUCAAGAUUGCACAAGUUCAUGCGGAUUUGGAUCCUGUAGCUUCCUCGAUUGAAUAUCGUUGCACAACUGCCGAAAAUUUGGUUGAAGAACAGAUGAAGUUUGAUGCUGUUAUUGCUUUAGAGGUAAUUGAACAUGUAGCAAAUCCUGAUGGUUUUUGCAAAUCCUUAUCGGCAUUAACUAAGCCUCAUGGAGCUACUAUCAUCUCAACAAUUAACCGUUCUAUGAGAGCAUAUGCAACUGCCAUCGUUGCGGCUGAGUACAUCCUGCAUUGGCUUCCCAAGGGCACACAUCAGUGGUCGAGUUUUUUAACUCCGGAAGAACUAGUAUUAACACUGCAGCGUGCUUCUAUCUCCGUUGAAGAGAUGGCUGGCUUUGCAUACGAUCCCCUGACCGGUCAAUGGUCAUUAACUGACGAUAUCAGUGUCAACUUCAUUGCCUUUGGUAUUAAAAACAGCGAAUAAUUCCCCGUUAAGCUUAAAAUCAGCAGUUUGUGGCCAGCUUUAGAACGGUAUGUCCCUGUUCUUUGUCUAGUUCUCUUCUAUUAAUAAGUAAUCACUCUUUGGAAACACAGUUACAGUAAGUUGUUAGAAUAUUCCACAUCUUGUUAACGAUAUCCGUUAGCUGAUGGUUUCUGUUCAUUUAUCUCAUGGAAACUGCAACAUUUUUUC